AUGCAAAAUUCGCCAUACAAUGUUUCAACGAUUCCACACGAGAGUGGGAUCUACUUCGAAAAUCGAGGUUCACUAAGGUUCACCAAUUCCGAUUGGAAAUUAUUAAUAUAUAUUAAUUUAGACAAUUAUAAUAAUAGAUAUAUAGAGACAAUUAAUUUUUAUAACAAAACAGAAAAAAUAUGUGAAACUCUACAAAAAGAAAGCCCUGAGUUAUUUAAUACCACUUGUGGUAACUUUGCAUUAACCUCCGCGUCUUUAUUACAAGAAAUUAGUAGAAAAAGGUCCAAUAUGUUGCAGUCUAUAGAUGUAGAGGAGAUAAACAAACGUGAAAAACGGGGAUUGAUCAAUAUAGUAGGACAUAUACAGAAAACGUUAUUCGGAACGUUGGACGACGAGGACGGGGAAAUGUACAAUACGCAAAUAAGGGAACUCCAAAGUAGUAGAGUAGGCAUGUUAAAAAUAGUUGAUAAACAAACUAGUAUAUUAAAGUUAACAAAUAGUGUAUUUAAGGAAGCGCAGUUAAUGGAAAACCAAAUUAGAAACUUAAAUAUAUCAUGUAAAAAUCUCGAAACUAGCUUAAAACGCGUAUGGUAUCAACUAGAUGAGUUAGAAAUAAGAGCCACAACAACAAAUUUAAUAACAACAUUGUUACUGCUACUGCAGCAAUUAGUAUUCGAAACAGAUAUGGUAGGUGAGAUAAUAUCGGCAGCACAAAACGGUAUAAUACAUUCAGGUAUGAUAUCCACUAGAGAAUUAAGAAUGCAACUGCGGGACAUAUUAAUAAGUUUGCCCGGGCAGUUGAAAUUACCUUUUGAUGUAAAUUAUAUAUCACUCUACGAAUUAAGUAAGACAUCGAAACUGGCUAUAGUAUAUAUGAAUGGAACUCUCGUAUUCGAGUUAGUAAUUCCAUUACUAAACCCAGUAGAAUUAACACUAUACCACAUAAUACCAUUGCCGGUACGUAAAGAACAGCUAUAUAUGCAUCAGUUCUCACACCCGAAUUCGAAUACAUGGCCAUUUCAAAAACGCACGAGUACUAUUUAA